CAUGGCCCCUCAGUCCCGUUGACCCGAGUUCGUCGAUCCACCACGGACCAAUCCAGCUCCAUCGCCCACCCACGAUGUCCAGCGCUUGACCCGCAGAUUCCUUCCCCUUCCGCAACUCCACGAGACCCCCAACGUCGCCGCGCCCACAAUAACCCAUGGCACGGCAACCCCUAUCCACCCCGUUGACCUCAAACCGGUAGCAGACUAGCAGCUUCAAUUUGAAGGGGAAGGGCAUCCAAGUCUUGGUCUCGACGGCUGCGCAUCGAUCUGCCUAUUACCCCCAAUACGUCGUUCUGGCACAAGGUUCCAUUUGACAAUCUGUGCAAUCAUUCCAUCCCACUCCAUUGACCUCAAUACGUCCUUCUGGCGCAGCUUGAGCUUGAAGAGGAAGGGUUUCCAGUUCUUUGUCUAGAUGGCCGUACAUUGCAUCUACCUGUCGCCCCAAUAUGUCGUUCUGGUGCAAGGAACAUGGGAUUUUCUGUAAGCAAACAUGGGAAGGUACUCAGACCAUGUUCAGUUCUGAGCAAUAACAGCGUCAGGUGGUAGCUGCUCCACAAAACAAACACACAAGGAAAGACAGAGAACAAUGGCAGACCUGGUUCUUGGGGUAGCCAAGUCGCUGGUGGAGGGAACUCUGAGCAAGGCCCAGUCAGCGAUCGAGGAGGAGUCAAAGCUGCGGCAGAGCACGCAGCGUGACCUGGUGUUUAUUGCUGGAGAGUUUCAUAUGAUGCAGUCCUUCCUCAGCAUCACCACUGAGGAGCAUGUCAGGAACAAUGUUGUGAGCACAUGGGUGACUCAGGUUCGUGACCUUGCCUAUGACGUGGAAGACUGCAUUGAAUUCAUUAUCCACCUGGACACAAAGUCUGACUGGUGGCACCGCUUAAUCCGGUGUUGCAAUUUCAAGGCACAAAUGCUUCCCCUGGAUGAGGCAGUUGACAUCAUAGAGCAACUGAAGGCAAGAGUCCAGGAUGUAAGCCAGAGGAAUGCGCGAUAUAACCUCAUUGCCAACCCUGGCCCCAAGUACUGCACAGAGCUGAACCAACCGGCUGCCGCUGUUGCAUCGCCUGACAUGCUCGCUCAAGCAAGGUACUCCACUUUAAAGCAACAAGACUUGGAAGCCCUCACAAAGCUGAUUACCAAGAAGGGCCGUGACCUUCAGGUGAUCUCACUGUGGGGGACAGGGGGUAAUCUUGAGGCAGCAUCCAUUAUCAGGAAUGCCUUUGAGCACCCAAAAGUCUGGGCAAACUUCACGUGCCGUGCUUGGGUAAAGCUGGUGCGUCCAUUCGAUCACAAUGAGUUCAUCAGGAGCUUGCUGAAUCAGUUCUAUGCAAACUCCCGCCAAGAGCAGCAUGGUGCAGUUGUUGGUAGAGAUGUCCUAAACAGAGAGCAGGAGUUGCCUGCGGAAGACUAUCUCAUCCAGGAGUUCAUGCAUCAAGUGAACAACCAUAGAUACCUCAUAGUUCUCGAAGAUGUGUUCAUUUCAGAGUGGAAUGCCAUUCGAGGGCAUCUUGCACAACAGAGGAACGGGAGUUGUAUUAUUGUGUCCACACAGCAGUUUGAGGUUGCAAGCUUCUGCACAGGAGUUCCAUACUUCCAGAGACUCUCAGCUGAUCGGUCACUUUGUGUCUUUUUGAAGGAGGGUCCUCAAACAGAUGGAGCUAUGACUGACGCUACCAAUAGGGCAAUAAUUAGCAAAAAUGAGAUUCUCACCUUGAAAAGGAAAGUGGUCCGUGCCAGGAUGGACCACUUUCCCCUUGUUGCACGCAAAUUGGAAAUGCAUGAACUUACUAAUUAUCCAUCCAAAGCACGGUUCGACGCUUUGCAAGUGAUGUCAGUCUGGGGAGUAGCUGGUGUUGGCAAAUCUGCUCUUGUUAGAAGUUUUUACUACCACAGAAUGCUUUACAAUCACCAAUUGUUUGAUAAAUAUGGAUGGGUGGAUGUAUCCCAUCCAUUAAAUUUGGAAGACCUCUGCAGGAACUUACUUUUAGAAUUUUAUUCACAUUCUCUUGAUGAAAAUGAAGCUACAUACUGUAUGAUGAGUAUUAGAGAUCCGAUAAAAGAGUGCUGUAAGCUUCUAAAAGAUCAUCCGUGCCUUGUCAUCAUCGAUGAUCUUCAGUCCACAGAAGAAUGGGACUCGCUCCAAGCUGCCUUGGUAUCUAGACCUUCAAAAAGCAUCAUUGUUGUCAUUUCAAAUGAAGAAAGGAUUGCCUUACACUGUGCAGACAGAAAGGAUCUUGUUUUUAACGUCAAAGCUCUACAUAUUGAUGCAGCAUUUGAUCUCUUCAAAAAGGAGGUACACAGGAAGAAUUCAAUGUUCCAUACAUAUGUUUUUGAUAAUGACGUGGAGCUACAACAGCUUAUUUUGAAAUGUGGUGGUCUUCCCAAAGUAAUAGUUGCUAUAGCUGACUUGCUGGCCCCACAGACACAUGGAUGGGCACGCAGUACCAGCUCUAUGAAUGCUGGAUUUAUGCAAAACCUGGAGGCCAAUCCAGAAUUCGCUUGCCUACGGGGUUUGUUUAGCUGGAUGCGAUCCUACUUUCGCGCAUGCCCAGAUCUUCUCAGGCCAUGUAUAUUCUAUCUAUCAAUCUUCCCUGGAUACCACAGCAUUCGACGGCGGCGUUUGGUGAUGCGGUGGGUUGCAGAGGGUUACUCCAAGGACAGUGACAGUUGUACCGCGGAGGAGAAUGGUGAGAAGCUCUUCUCCAAGCUCGUCGAGAUGAGCAUGGUCCAGCCACCUCCACAGGAAAUAAUCACACACAUGAGAAUGGUUUUAUGUCAUGUAAGUGGUUUCUUCCAUGAAUACAUCAUCUCAAGACCGAAAGAUGAAAAUAUUGUCUUUGCGCUGGAGGUCUUUGCGCUGAAGAAGCUUUGCCACCCAACCACCCAACGCACAGGGCGUCACCUGGUCAUAGAAGAAAGCUGGCAGAGAGACAACAUCGUAUUCGAGAGAAUUGAUUUCUCACGGUUACGCUCCCUCACGGUGUUUGGAGAGUGGGAGUCAUACAUGAUCUCUAAAGGUAUGAAGGUGCUUCGGGUGCUAGAUCUAGAGAAUGCGUCAGGAGUGACUGAUAAAGAUCUCGAGCAAAUGUUGAAGCUGCUGCCCCGUCUCAAGUUCCUAUCCCUGAGAGGAAGCAGUCAGAUCUUCCGUCUUCCAUGUUCUUUGGGUGAUCUAAAGCAGCUUGAGACUCUAGAUGUAAGGAACACCUCCAUAGUUACGUUGCCGUCUUCUAUCACCAAGCUGAUGAAACUGCAGUACAUCCGUGCCGGCUCCACCACACCAGCACCAUGUUCAUUGGUAUCUUGGUUGCCUGACUGCUGCAAGGCUUGUCGAUUUGUAGGUGUUGAGGUGACCAGAGGGACUCAGAAAUUGAUGUUGCUGCACACAUUCGGUGUUGUUAACGUUGGUAUUGUAAGGGGAAAAGCCAUCCUGAAAGAUAUCAGGAAGCUCACCCAUUUACGCAAGCUCGGAGUGUCUGGUGUCAGUAAGAAAAACUACAAUGUGUUCUGUUCUGCCAUCUCAGGUAAACCCCGUUUGGAAUCCUUGUCAGUGUGGCUCAGCAGGGUCAAUCAGGAAUAUUUGGAUGACAUCUCUACGCCUCCAGAGAACCUUCAGAGUCUUAAGCUGUAUGGGCUCGAAAAGAAGCUACCAAAUUGGAUCAAACAGCUUCCCAAGCUCAGAAAACUGAAUUUAGAAAUAACUAUAUCAGAGGAAGUUGGCAUAUCUAGUAUCCUUGGGGAUCUAAAAGAACUAUGUAUUCUACGUCUUCGUGUCAAGCUACUUCAAGACAGUAUGCUCAAUUUUUGUGUCAUGAAAGAUGCAACAGAGGAGCGAUCUUACGAAAACGUUAAGAUCCUCGAGAUUGCUUCCUGCUCCAGGUUACUUAAUGUGAAUUUUGGAUCAGUAGCAAUGCGAAAUCUUGAACUGCUCAAGGUUGGCUGCUGUAAUACUGGAUGUGGGCUGCAGUUUACUGGGUUAAAUCAUCUCGCCAAACUCAAGGAAGUCUGGAUUAUUGGUUCACAUGUUGACACACUCAAGAAUCACAUUGAGGACCAAUUUGCUGAGAGUACAAGCAAACCUGCUUUGAAGCUGGAGGAAGUCAAUCUAUCCCCCUGUGCAUCGGCUGAACGAAAUGACCAGGGUUGUUCAUUUCCCUUCCUUUCUAAAGGUGAUGCUAUAUGCUUUUCUUUAUUGGAGUGCUGUUGGGGGUCUCCAAUAUUUGAGGCUUACUAGACCAGACAUCUCUGUUCGCCAUCAACAAGGUCUGUCAGUACCUCUUGAAGCCAACCACAGUGCACUGGGAAGCUGGGAAGAGAAUUUUGCAAUAUAUUAAGGGCACGGUCAAUAUUGGGUGCAUAUCAGAAAGUCUCCCUCUACAUUGCUCAAUGUCUUUACUGACGCUGAUUGGGCUGGCAGUGCAGAUGGUCGGCUAUGCUCUUUUCUUUGGUCCAAAUUUAAUUUCAUGGAGUUCUAGGAAGCAAGCCAGGAUAUCACGGUCAUCGACUGAAGCUGAAUAUAAAGCAUUGGCUAAUGGUACAGCCGAGGCAAUUUGGAUACAGUCUUUUCUUCGUCAGCUUGAUAUUCCUCAACCAAGACCACCAGUAUUAUGGUGUGAUAACUUUGGUGCCACAUAUCUCACUGCUGAUCCAGUGUUUCAUGCACGAACAAAGCAUAUUGAGGUUGAUUUUCAUUUUGUCAGAGAGAAGAUAGCACAAGGUGCGCUCCUGUCUGUUUUGUUUCAUCUGCAGAUCAGAUAGCAGAUGCUUUCACCAAGACAUCGACAAAAUUAAUGUAGAACAACUCAAGACCAAUCUCAACUUGAUCUCUGUGAGGCAAGAUUGAGGGGGAAUGAUAACGUGCAGGUUAAUGACAGAUUAUAGUAGGCUGCAUUAACAGGGAAUUCAUAUCCUAGUGCUAGAAGACGGAAGGUGAACCACCACCAUUAUCAUUACUACUGUUGUAACUCAUGUUAUAUUAGCACUAUAUAAAGAGAAGAGACUGUAGUGGAUGGUUUACGGCAAAACAUUUAGCUUUUACAUGUAGUAAGCAGACUUUGUAAAAGAUAAAGAAUUAGUUUUGUGGCAACGAAGCACUUAUCGUAA